UUCAGCCCUUGCCUCUCUUGAUCACCCGGGAAUUGUGCGCUACUAUCGCGCUUGGAUCGAAUAUCCUCCACAGGGCUGGCAAGAGCAAAAAGACCGCCAGCUGUUAUUGCAUACAUCCUUUCCACUUAUUGAUCAGGACACCUACACUGGAGUCACAUCUUGCCACCAGGAUUACAACUACACCACUGAAUUCCUUGCCCAAGGCAAUCUCCAUCGAGAUUCAUCUCAUGAGUUAUCUCCAGACUUUCGAGACCCAAUAGGUUGGGGAUUUCAUAAAACACACGAUCAAAAAGCUGUUAUUGGUGUGAAGAAGGCUAGCCAAGUAGAGAGAAAUAAGGACUGUGCAAUUGUGGACAAGCUUGAAAAUCUUUAUAAACCCGAUGAGUUCAGUUACACCCAGCAUUGGCUAGCCUCACAUCUGACCUUAGCUGACUCGCCGUUUGUCUCCAUUGCAGCAGUUCGCAAAAGUGGAAAAAAAAGGGAUUAUAAACUAAAAUCUAAACACUUUAACGCUCCCACCUCCAAUGUCCGACCACAGUUGGUUCUAUCCACCAUUGAUCCGAUUUGGGGCUCUACUAAUUGCGAAGGCAUCAACAGUAGUAAAGGUAUAAAUAUAAAUAUCAGCACUGUGAGUAGUGACACAAACGAUUACGACUACAGCAACAGUGUCAGCCGACAGGACCAUAUAACCCCUAUUUUCUCCUCUACCCAAGCUGCCAGCUCGAAGGAGGAAGAUAGUCUAAUCGGCUUCAGUAAUUUUACUGAAAUCAAUGGAAUUGACGUAACGGCGCCGCAUUCCGAAACCUCACAUUCCUCAUCAUUUGAAUUUAAACGGCAACAGUAUAAUAAAAAUGGUCCAUCCGGACUGUUGCCUUAUUUCAUCAAAUAUGAUUCUUUUAAUUAUCUGGCUGGCUAUAUUGGGUUCCAAGUUAGUUAUUCGGGGCAUUCAUUGUCUUGUUUUUCAUUUAAUAUGCUUGCUUCUUUUUAA